GUCUCGUGACACGCUUUUCUAACACAUUUGUGAAAAUAUAUGUAACCGUUUUGACCGACCAAUGAGGGAGUCGCUUUUGACGUCAACGACACACUGACACACCUCCGUGUCAUCGCGCCUGUUUAAAUAUUCAUGAGAAGCGAGCGCAACCAACCUAUCCGCAUCCAAAAACUAGUGUAUCGUGUGUAUAUUAAAACACUCUCUCCUGUAACUAACUGGAAAAUUGGGUCAAACACAGAAGUAGAGUCUGAAAAGGAAGGGUGUAAACUGAUUUCAGAUUAGAUUUUUUAGCACAUAAGGCAUUGAAGACAUUAUUAUCAUUUUCCUGAUGUAACUAAGUUAGGGAUUUCAAGUUAUCUUUAAAGUUACGCUAUUCUUACGCGCGGCACGACAGCAUCGGUCAAAAUGGACGUGGACCCUGUUUCCGUCUCGAUAGACGCAGACUCUGAUGCUCCUUCUCCUGCCUUUCCAGUAGUUUUAAAGAAAAUCAUGGAAAUUCCGCCACCGAAUCUUCUCGAAGGCGAUGACGAAAAUGAUAAAGAGAAAAUAUUUGAGGAUGUGGACUCUGAAGGGGUCAGUGGAAUGGGACCAUCAGCUGCCUUAACACCUGCCAUCUGGGAAAAGACCAUUACCUAUGAUGGCGAGACCUUCCACCUGGAAUACAUGGAUCUGGAGGAGUUUCUCAUGGAGAAUAGCAUUCUUGCCGCAGAGGAUGAGGGUCUGCAAAAGAGUCUUGUGAAAGAAAACGCACAACUGACAACUGAAAUAUCAUCCACAACCUCUACAAGCAAGACAGCCCCAGCAAUCUCUCUUAUGCCAGUCAUGGAACUGGAUCAGUGUGAGGAGGAAGUGGUCACAAUCACGGAAUCCAGCUCUAGCUCAACAGCCACCAAAUCAGAUGAGGAGCGUGUGACGCCAGAGCCCAUUAAUCCAGAUGAUAUCGAGGUAGAGGUCCCCUAUGAGCCAGAUCCCACAGACAUUGUGCUGUCCAGCAUACCCGGAGGUGAACUGUUCGACCCUCGCAAACAUCGCUUCUCCGAGGAGGAGCUGAAGCCUCAGCCUAUGAUCAAGAAAGCAAAGAAAGUGUUUGUGCCUGAGGAACAUAAGGACGAGAAAUACUGGCAGCGGAGGAAGAAGAACAACAUUGCAGCCAAACGUUCACGAGAUGCCAGGCGCCUAAAAGAGAAUCAGAUCACAGUACGAGCAGCCUUUCUGGAGCGAGAGAACUCCGCUUUGAGACAGGAAGUGGCAGAGUUGCGCAAGGACUUUGGGCGCUUCAAGAACGUUGUGGCACAUUAUGAAGCCAAAUACGGACCGCUUGCACCGGCUGAAGACUUCUAAACAAUUAUUGAUUUAUUUGCAUUUAUGAAAGGCAAUAAAUUAAUAAUGGUGUGGAAUGAAGAGGAGAAAGCAGGAGAUAAAUGAAUAUAUGAGUCAAACUGUAGAGCUAAGUGAUAUUCAUGUUUUUAAAAAAUCCUGUCAAGCACUAUUAUCAACAUAUCCCCUUCAUUUUAAUCUUACUUCAGUUCAAAAGCACACCCAUGUAUAUCCAAUAGAGCUUUUUAAGUCUUUUUUAUUUUUUGUAAUACACCAUGGUAAAAGAGUUCUCCCCUCUCUUGUUCUUGUUUUAUAAUAUCAAAGUAGUUUUAGGAAAUGUUUAUUGGAUGUCAUUGGUCUUUAUUCAUAAAGAAUGACUGGCAUUGACUUCAAUGUACUUUCUUAUAUAUCUUUAGCAUGUUUAUCUUUGACUUCUCUGAAAAAUUACAUUAAUUCUAAGAAUUCCUUUGGCAAAUUUGGUACAGGGUACCAAGUGGUGCAUUUUGCCUGCAAAAGUAGAAACAAGAUGCCAUUAUUGAAAUACGGGGAGAAUGUAUCACAUUAAUAAUGUAUCAUUACAAAUAACUGUUAAAACGGAAACAAAACUGUAAGCAGGAAUUGUAAAUUGAUCAUGUUUUGUGCUGCAAAAUAUGUUUUUUGUCUUACUGUCAGCAAGUGCUGGAAUUAUGUGCUCUGUACAUCUGCGAAACUUAAAAAAAUAUUUAGAUCUGGUUUACAUUUAGUGUCUUUCAUAAUAACGUGAGUACAUUCUCUAAAAUCAUACCUUGUUUACUUCACCAUGGUCAUUUGCCCUUUAUGGGACCCAUGGAGGUCAGUUUAUGUACAGAAAUAACACUGUACAUGUGACGGAUCUUGUAUCUGCUUAGAACUUAGAAAAACAAAUGAAGUGCCGUUACAGUUUUUCAUAUGUAUCAUAUGAUGUAUAUUUUUUCAGAUAACUUCAAAUAUUUUACAAAAAUGGCUUUGCAGUGUGAACCACACCAUUCAUAGAUUAGUCAAUAUGAAUCCGUAAGUGACUUCAGCAGAGCGCUUGUUUAUAAAGGGUGCCUAGUGUGUUACAUAUCACAAACCAAACUCAAACCUCUCGUAAAGGCAAUGCCACUUUCCUGCAUUUUAGGUACAUAUUUUGUGCAACUUGUCUCUGUGAUUUUGAAACGUAUAUCAUUAAAGAAAGAAGGCAGAGUCAAGUUUCACAAACAGUCAAUAUCGUGUGUUAUCCGUUCAUUGUGUGAAGUGGAAAUUAGGCUAACUUUUAUUACAAAGUUUAAUUUUGCAGUACUCGCAUGAUGUGACCACAUUUGUCCAUUUUCAGGUGUUCUGUGGAGAGGGAAUCUCAUAUGUAACGUAAUCUUGACCAAAGCGAACUUUGAUCGAACACUGAAAAACACAGAACGACUCCAAAUAAAUCAGGUGUUUAAACUUUGCAUAUUUGUGGUCUGUAGGCGCUUUUUAAAAAUGCACCUACGGUUUGUCAUUUCUCCUUGAGCGUCCUUUCUGAUGAGUGUGAAAUGUGAGAUGAGGGACAAGACAAUAAAAUGGAACUGAGUUUGAUGGCUGUUCUGAAAGGAAUAGUGACUGUUCCUGGCAAGAAGCAUUUCUUCUGUUGAACUAGAAGAAAACUCAGUUGCAUGAGUUUGAGAUGCCAAUUUUGUUGCAGUAACAAAUCUUUUUGUCAGAUUUGAAUGUUUUUCAAAUUGUUACUGUUCUUUUGGGAGGGAUGAAUUCUCUUUGUAAGUCUUAUGAAUGUUUUUUUUUUUUACUUGUAGAUAUUGCCUCGGCAUCUUGUUGUCAGAUGUUUUGUGUUGUACAUAUUAAAGAAUUAAAAAAUGUG